AUGUCUGUCAAAAAGUGUCCACGUCUGUCAACAGAACUUCAACUGGAGAUACUCGAGGUUCUUGCAGAAGAUGCUCGACAUGCAGUCUCAGAGUUUCAAUACGACAAGGCAUGGCGCUGCUAUGCUCAGCUCCUUUUGCCUGCUAUACUAGUCAAUCGAGACUGGGCCACUCGAGGCACAGACUUGCUUUGGCGUGAACCCUUCACUCCAGCAUUGGCCGAGAUACACCCUCAACGCAGACAGUUGUACGCUGAUAAGGUUCAGAGCAUUGGACUCUACCUCUACCGAGCCGACCAUCUCGAUUCUCCUGCAGCUUUCGCAAACCUCAGCUUCCCGCAGCUGAAGAGACUGGAAAUCAACUCUUGCCCACCUUGUAUGAGCCUCGACCUUCGACCAUAUCUGAGCUCGAGCAUCACGUCAUUCACCAUGCUGAAAUGUAGUCAUUUGCCCAAGUCACUACUUGACCUGGUCGCUUUCUGCUGUCCCGAGCUUCGGGACGUAAAUCUGGACUAUGGAGCCGGAGACCAAAGGAAUGAACAUUUCCUCAAGUUUCUGAGGAAGUGUAAGCGUUUGCGUGAGCUCACUUUGAGCUCUGAGAAUGGCUUGAGAUUUCCAGUAGAUGUGCUGGAGAACCUGGCAUCUCGAAAACAGCUUGAGUGUUUUUGUGCUCCACUCAAUCUCAUCUCGUACCGUUCGGUAGCAGCAAUCAUGCAAGACAAUCCACGCCUACGCCCUUUCCGCAACGCAAACAAUCUNUUUUUGAGCAUCGAAUCGAGAGCAGUGAGGCCUGUUCUUUCUGCAGCCGAAUCCCUGGUCGAACUGCAGUUGAAUCUAGCCGAUUCCGAGAUUGAUGUCUUCGGGCUCAUUGGAACGUUGCACUGCUUGGAAACGGUCGAGCUCUCCUUUUCUAAGCCAAAGCGUCUCGCCAUGCAUGAACUCCAGUCAAUCUCCGGCUUGACACGUCUGAAAGAGCUAAGCAUCUGUGGGCCUCCAGCAGAGCCGCAUCGGGAGACUGGGCCUCUACUGGUCGCUGAAGCAUGGACCGAUAUUCUCUUCGACACCUGGAUAUCAAGCUAUUCUCACCUGGAGAAGUUGCUGUUUGGCGUUUGCCCGAUGGACAGCCAUUGGAUCUCGGAAACCAGGAUAGUUGGAAAGAGCUGUUUGAAGCUGACAACGUUAUCCAUGGCUGGUAUACAUGAUAUAGGUGUUUGGAGGGUGUCGUCUCCGCCACUCUUUCCCGAGUUGCGUUACCUCGAACUCGGGCAGCUGAAGCCGUGGCCGUUCUCCACAAGUGCCGAGGAGACUGAUGAAUAUGCCAAAGGACUCGCACGUAUGAUUUAUCAGCAUGCGCCGAUGUUAGAGAAGUUCAGCGUUGGCCAGAACGAUCUUGCUGAUGCUGUUGUUGAAGCUUAUGAGGAAGAGAAAGGGUUGGAUGGUAGCGCCGGAAAUGUAAACAUGUAUGAUGCACGAUCGCAAUGA